UUACGAUUUCUGAUUGGUCGCCUCAGUAUCUUAACCUCUGAUAGGCUCCUUGGUUAUCCUAAACUCUCAUUGGCUCUUUUCCGCUUUAAAUAAUUUGACCUUGCAACCGGAAACGCCCUAUGCAAAUUAGGAGCAUUUUUGUUUGGGAUGUGUCUUUUGAUUGGCUAGAAUUUGUGUUCGGCCAACGGCAUAGGCUGCUUUUCCAAACCGCUGCAGAGUACAAUAGUCUAGCUUCUUGGCUUGUGGAGAGCUCGAUUCUUUCUUCUUUUUGUUGCAUCACAACUGUUCUAGUUAUGUCCGGACGCGGCAAGCAAGGCGGCAAGGCUCGCGCCAAGGCCAAGACGCGCUCGUCGCGGGCCGGCCUGCAGUUCCCGGUGGGCCGCGUCCACCGCCUGCUCCGCAAGGGCAACUACGCCGAGCGGGUCGGGGCCGGCGCGCCCGUGUACCUGGCGGCCGUGCUCGAGUACCUGACGGCCGAGAUCCUGGAGCUGGCGGGCAACGCGGCGCGCGACAACAAGAAGACGCGCAUCAUCCCGCGCCACCUGCAGCUGGCCAUCCGCAACGACGAGGAGCUCAACAAGCUGCUGGGCCGCGUGACCAUCGCGCAGGGCGGCGUCCUGCCCAACAUCCAGGCCGUGCUGCUGCCCAAGAAGACCGAGAGCCACCACAAGGCCAAGGGCAAGUGAGCCUACUUGGAUACCAGUGUAUCCAGUUAAAACCUUUUUCCUCACCCAAAGGCUCUUUUCAGAGCCGUCCACAUUUUCACGUAAAAAAGCUCGUAACUGAAUAAGUCCUGCUUUUCUAUUACAUAAGCCUUAAACGGUUAGUGUGGUUAGUAAAACAGUUCACUUACUGCAGUUCAUCUUGGCUGUUUAACGUCACUUUGAAGGCGGCCCAGGGAAACGACUUAUACAGAGG